AUGGACGAAAAUGAAAAUCAGCAAAAUAUUCCAAAUAAUUCUAAUUGGAAGUGUAUAAGAGGCUCUGUAAGAUGGGCUGACUUAAGCCUUAGUGAUACAUCUAAUAGUUGGUUACCAAGCCAAACUGAAGUUAGAAAUGACUCUAAGUCAUGUGGGUUAACUAGUUUGCUUCAUAAAAGCACUAUAUUGGGCGAUUCAACUACCUAUCACCCAAAGUAUACAGGAGAACAAUCUGGGAUUUUGAAAGCUACUUCUUUUUCAGGUAUUGCACCUAAGCUUUUGACUUCUAAGGCUACAAACAAAACUAUAACUUCUAGUUUAACUACUGAAGAAUUCUCAAAAGUUACAAAAGAUCUCUUAGAGGUUUGUGAAGUACAUGAGGAGAACAAUAGCUUGAGUCUUCACUUUGGAGAUAUAAAUAAUGAUCAGAGUAAUAAUUGUGACACAUUUGAUCCUAGAAGUUUAAUUCAAACAGCAAAUCUGCAAACUCCAAAAAUUCUUGGAACUAUAAAAGGUAGUUUAAGCAACAUAUCUGAGAAGAUAAAUAUCUCCCAAACAAUUCCGAAUACAAAUAACGAUAGUCAAAACGAUACUAAUAAAGAUGGUAUAUGCAACUUUAACAAUAUUAUUGAUAAUAUAGACUUGGAAUUAUCUGAUACAAAUAAUAUAAAUGAACUAUCUAGUAAUUUAGAUUCUAAAUUAAGGCAGAAUAAUAAACGAGGUAUAUCCAAAGAUAAUGUUGCAAGCCCAAUAAUUGGAAGUCAUGAGAUAUUAAAACGGCAAAGAUAUUCUAGUAAUAAAAUGUGUAAUUCAGGUACUGAUAAUGGUACUUUAAAUCUAAUAUAUACUGAAAGAAUAAGUAGCCCAUCUAGUGUUACCUCUUUUAGGGGUUCUCGAUUAGCAAUGGGAAUCAACAGCACUCCAAGAAGAUGCUCCAUUUCAUCAAAUAUAAGUUCAAAUAAGAGUCCUAUUACUCCCAAAUAUCAGCAGUAUAAGAGGAAUUUUACUUAUUCUCAUUCACAACAUUCCACUGAGAAUUCUAAUAAUAUGACACAGUCUAACACAGCAACUGUAGAUUGGAAUAAAAGGAUAUCGAGUAGAUUGUUCCAAAUUGCUGUUGGAAAGGGAACAAGAGCUUAUCAGAAUUACCUGAAACUAAAACCAAAUAAGGAUAAUCGUGAUCCACAAGAUCCUCAAACUCCGAAUGCUCAUUCUAGAUGUCCACAAAAACAGUUUACUGAACAAUUGAAUAUAUGGAGAAAAUCCCUCCAUCAAUAUGAUGAUACGGAGAAUGAAUAA